GGAAGGAAGAAAGCAGCAAAAAAAUGAGUAAAAUCUCCAAAUUAUUCAAAGGGAGCUCCGGCUCGAGCUCGGGUUCAUCCAGCUCUUCCUCCUCCAGGUCCAAACACCACCACCGGUCCCGAGGAGCUCCUUCACCGCAGGAAGCCAUCCACAAACUCAGAGAGACAGAGGAAAUGUUGACAAAGAAACAGGAUUACCUGGAGAAAAGGAUAGAGCAAGAACUCACGAUAGCCAAGAAGAAUGGGACCAAAAACAAGCGAGCUGCUCUGCAGGCGCUGAAGAGGAAGAAGCGUCUGGAGCAGCAGCUGACUCAGAUCGACGGCACGCUCUCCACCAUCGAGUUCCAGAGAGAAGCGCUGGAGAACUCUCACACCAACACGGAGGUGCUGAAGAACAUGGGCUACGCUGCCAAGGCCAUGAAGAAGGUCCACGAGAACAUGGACGUGGAUAAAAUAGACGAUCUGAUGCAGGACAUCACAGAGCAGCAGGAUGUCGCUCGAGAGAUCAGUGAAGCCAUUUCUGGACCUUUCGGAGAAACGUUUGAUGAGGACGAGCUUCUGGCCGAGCUGGCUGAGCUGGAACAGGAGGAGCUGGAGGACAACAUGAAGAGGAUGGGAGGGCUGCCCAGCGUUCCCUCCUCCAAACUACCGUCAGCCAGGCCCAGUCAGCCCACCAAGAAAAGGGCUGAAGAUGAUGACGACAUGCGCAUGCUGGCUUCGUGGGCAACUUAA